AUGAGCUUGACCGAAUCCCCAGCAUCAGUGGCAAGAAAGCAGGAGAUUCAGCAAAAGAUUGCUGAGAUUGUCAAACAGCAGAAGGAGGAAUUCAAGAGAAGGGUUGAGGCCAAUAAACAGUACGCUAAACUCAUGACUGAAAAGAUUCUCAAGGAAUACAAGAAGGAGCAUACAGAGCUUGAAGAAAGGCUCUCGAACACAAGCGAGAUGUACGUCCCAGCCGAACCUAAUUUCUUUGUUGCCAUCCAAAUAAGAUCUCAAAUCAAAAUCUCUCCUCGUCCCAGGAAGACACUUGCGCUGCUCCGACUUAAAAACAUCAAUAACUGCGUCAUUUUGAAGAACAACCAGAGCAUAAAAAAUAUGCUUCAAAAUGCAAAAGACUACAUUGCGUUUGGAACCAUUUCGUACGAGCUUCUUAGAAGAUUGAUUUACACCAGGGGAUAUGGAAAGAUUAAUGGAACCAAGGUAAAGCUCACCAAUGAGAAUAUUGAGACAGCCUUCCAGGGUAAAUUUAAGUGCAUUGAAGAACUCUGUGAUGUGAUAUACCAUGGCAAAGAAGAUAUGAAGGAUGUUCUUAGGUUUCUCUGUCCAUUCAAGCUCGGCCCACCAAAGGGUGGAUUCAAGAAUGGUCAUAAAAAAAGAAGCUUUGUGCAGGGUGGGUCUACCAAUGACCACAAAGAGCUAUUGGGAGAGCUUUUAGAGAGGAUGAUCCAAUAA